CACAUUUCAACAUGGAGAAGCUGUUGAGAUAGGUAAUGCAGAGAAUUUCGGGUGCAAAUGUUUGGCGAAGGUUCUCUCCUUGUAAAAGGAAAUGAUUACUCUCGCAAAGAAGAUUAAAGAAGAGCGGGAUAAGAAGGAAAAGGGUGAUCACGGGAUAGGAAACACGAAAAGCGGGAGAACAUCUAUUCGCGACAAAUUGCUCACGAAAGAAGUGACAGAACUCGAGGAAAAUGUACCGGAAUCCUGUCAAGUUCACUUCAAGGAUCCAAACAUUCUUCAUGAGUUCACUCUGACUGUAACACCAGGAGAGGGAUAUUGGAAGGAUGGAAUUUUUAUAUUUCAUAUUAUGAUACCAGAAGAGUAUAACAUAAAGCCACCUAAUGUUUGGUGUGAAACAAAAAUCUGGCAUCCAAACAUAAGUGAGAAUGGUGAAGUCUGCUUGAGCUUGUUGAGGGAACACACUCUUGAUGGGUCUGGAUGGGCCCCAACAAGAAAAUUAAAGGAUAUAGUGUGGGGCCUGAAUUCUUUAUUUACAGACUUGUUGAAUUUUGAUGACCCACUUAAUGUAGAGGCUUCGGAAUUAUAUUUCAAGAACAAGGAAUCAUUUAGAAGAAGAGUUGAAGACUACAUCAGACUGUAUGCAUCCCCUAGAAGAUAACAAAUAACACAGCCAGCUGCAUGGAAUCAUCAGCUCCUGGGUGUCGUUGGUCUGUCAGAUAAAUUAUUUAUCAGUAGCAAUAACUGUAAGAGUUCAUAGAUCGAUUUUGUAAGUACUGUAAGAAUAUAAUAACGCCAAAGUUUAUUCUGGAUGGAGUGUCGGUAAAGCAAUGUUCCCAGAAGAGUGAAUCUACAGUGUACUUCAUGUAUCUAGUGAGCUGCGUAAUGUUUAGUUCAUUUUAUUUAUAAGAUCACGAGUUGAUAUGUGUUUUCCUUUUUUCUUUCAUUUCUUCGCUUAUUCCUUCUCUUCUUAUAUCUGUGACUUCUCUCAGACGUUUGUCUAUCUAUCUGUCUGUCUGGCCAUCUGUCUCUGUGUGUCUAUUCAUCUGUCUAAAUAAUUUGGAUAUAUCAACAAAGUUGAAAUGGUAAAUUGGCCACCGUAACGAUUACAAAGGCUGACGUUUC